AUGGAUAAUGACGCAGUUGAUACGACAAGUAUUAGAGAAGGUAUCUUAUUUUAUAAAGAUGAAGAUGGUAACACAGGUUAUUAUUGGGACUCUGAAGUUGGAAUAUGUGCACCUUCUUUAUUACCAUCUGAAUCAGAAUUAUGGAAAGAUGAAGAAAUAUCAGAAUUGCUCAAAGAAUGA